AUGGCCCCGAUUGAACACAACAAGGGCAAAGCUCCCACACCCGUCUUCCUUCUCUCCCAUGGAACUCCUCUCAUGCUUGGGGAAGAAAGUGAGCCACAGCGAGUAUGGGAGGAGAUCGGCAAUGAGUUGAUAAAGCGCAAGGUCUCCCGCAUUGGAGCCCACUGGAUGGUCGGUGGUGAUGGCGUUCAAGUCGCCAUGAAUCCCAAAGCGGGAAAGCAUCCCCCUGGUGGUGUUAGGGACAACCGUUGGAUCCCAUACAAGCUCAUCACCGAUGUCGAAGGUGGUCAUCGGGUCAUGAAAAUGUUGAACGACGCCGGUAUCAAGGCGAGCCCUGACUACAAGUGGGAUUGGAUUCAUGACACAUACAAUGUCUUGAUCCGCAUGUUCCCACGUUGCAUCCCCCCGCCCACCGUUGUGGUGUCAAUGAAUGCCUUUUAUGACCCCCAUAUGCACGCAAAGAUCGGCCUUACUCUCAGGCCGCUGCGCUAUGAGAACACUGUCAUCAUUGGCAGUGCUGGGACAGUCCACAACCUUUGGCGGGCGCGGUGGAUCGACCAAGCCUUGUAUCGCGACAACUUUUCAAUUCCCACGCCACCUGAGGAAUGGGCGCUGCAAUUUAGACAGUCGUUCAUUGACGCCGUCAUCAACAACAAGGGGCCGGCCAUGAGACGGGCUGUAACGAGGCUGAUGAAGCACCCCCGAUACCGCGAGGCACACGGCUCGGACGACCACUACAUGGCUAAUAUUUUUUGUGCUGGGGCUGCCGGCGACAUGGAUGACAUUGACAGCGAGAACUUUUACCUGGGGGAGAACUGGGAGCUGAUUAACCAGAGCAAUGUCCAGUUCCAACUGGGACGGUGGGAAUAG